UCAGUCAUCAUCUCCUGGUCCUCGUCCCCAACAAAUACCCAUUCUCUCUCCCCCUCUCUCUACACAUUUACACCUUUUCCUGCGUUUUAUUAUUAACUCCAACAGCUCCACCAUCCCCUGCUCUCUCUCUCUCUCUCUCUCUCGACAACACAAGAAAAGUGGAGCAACAGCGGCACCUACAAGCAUUCUCAAACAAAAAUCCUAUAGCUAGAGCUAGAGCUAGAACUACACUCCCACACAGUUCACAAUGCCACAACUAUAACCAUUGAAUUAAGCAGCUUUUCUGCUUUUGCUGCCCAAUUAAGCCUUAAAUCUUCAAUCUUUCACCCAUUUUCUCUCACUCCUCUUCUCAAACCACAGAAACCGCCAUGGGAGUCUGCACUUCGAAACCUCCAAAGCAGAACCCAUAUUCCCCAAGGGACGUAAAUGACCCAAACCAUCCUUCCCAAACCCCCAAAUCCCUCCCAUCCCACACCCCUCACCACCGGAGAGACGACGUCGCUUCACGCCAGUCCCAGUCCCAGUCCCCCUUCUACUCCUUCUACAGUCCCAGCCCUGCCCAUUACCUCAAGAAGUCGUCCCCGUCGCGGAGCAAGAGCGCCACUUCCACCCCCAGCCGGUUCUUCCGCCGACCCUUUCCGCCUCCGUCGCCGGCGAAGCACAUCAAGGCCGUGCUCGCCCGGCGGCUGGGCAAAAAGGCAUCGGCUUCAGUGGCGAUACCGGAGGACGGAGAGGAGGAGGAUGGGGUUGAGCUGGACAAGAGGUUUGGGUUCUCCAAGGAGGUAACGAGUCGAUUGGAGGUUGGGGACGAACUGGGUCGAGGGCAUUUUGGAUAUACUUGCUCUGCUAGGUACAAAAAGGGGGAGUUUAAGGGUCAGCAGGUCGCUGUGAAGGUCAUCCCUAAAACAAAGAUGACAACUGCUAUUGCAAUCGAGGAUGUGAGAAGGGAGGUCAAGAUAUUGCGAGCCUUGACUGGACAUAGCAAUCUAGUUAAGUUCUAUGAUGCAUUUGAAGACAGUGAUAAUGUCUACAUAGUAAUGGAGUUGUGUGAAGGUGGAGAGCUUUUAGAUAGAAUACUUUCAAGGGGCGGGAAAUACUCAGAAGAUGAUGCGAAGACUGUCAUGGUGCAAAUACUGAAUGUUGUCGCAUUUUGUCAUCUCCAGGGUGUGGUACACAGGGAUCUUAAGCCAGAGAACUUUUUGUAUACCGCCAAAGAUGAGAAUUCCCAGUUGAAAGCCAUUGACUUUGGCUUGUCUGAUUUUGCCAGACCAGACGAGAGGCUUAAUGAUAUUGUUGGAAGUGCAUACUAUGUCGCACCUGAAGUUCUACAUAGAUCUUAUAGUACAGAGGCCGAUGUAUGGAGUAUUGGUGUAAUAGCAUAUAUUCUCUUAUGUGGUAGCCGUCCAUUUUGGUCCCGGACUGAGUCUGGAAUUUUUCGGGCGGUCUUGAAAGCUGAUCCAAGUUUUGAUGAAGCACCUUGGCCCACUUUAUCUCUUGAAGCAAAGGACUUUGUCAAACGCUUAUUGAACAAGGACCCUCGGAAACGAAUGACAGCAGCACAGGCUCUAAGUCAUCCUUGGAUCCGGAAUUAUAGUGACAUAAAAGUGCCACUUGAUAUUUUAGUAUUUAGACUCAUGAAGGCUUAUAUGCGAUCAUCAUCCCUUCGGAAGGCUGCUUUAAGGGCCUUGUCUAAGACAUUGACUGUGGAUGAACUAUUUUAUCUGAAGGAGCAGUUUGCUCUAUUGGAGCCAAACAAAAAUGGCACUAUAACUCUUGACAAUAUUAGAAUGGUCCUCACGAAAAAUGCUACAGACGCAAUGAAGGAGUCUCGCAUUUCUGAUCUCAUUUCAUCGCUAAAUGCACUUCAAUACAGAAGAAUGGAUUUUGAUGAGUUCUGUGCAGCUGCAUUAAGUGUUCAUCAGCUCGAGGCACUUGAUCGUUGGGAACAACAUGCUCGAUGUGCAUAUGAACUUUUCGAGAAGGAUGGAAACAGGGCAAUUGUCAUUGAAGAACUUGCUUCGGAACUUGGGCUUGGUCCUUCCAUCCCACUUCAUGUGGUUCUCCAUGACUGGAUUAGGCACACUGAUGGGAAGCUAAGCUUCCUUGGGUUUGUGAAAUUGUUGCAUGGUGUGUCCAGCCGGGCGUUUGUAAAAGCAUAGUGAAGAUACAAAGCAUUAUUUAUGUACGCUUUUUAUCCAGAUGAGAUUUGGAUGUUCAAAAAAGGGUGUUUUACAAUCCGCUUUGGCAUACAUGUCAAAUGGCCCUUCUGGCCAAUUCGUGAAGACGGGUUCAAACUUGCCGGACACUGCAGGUGCAAAAGCUUGGUUACCAGUUCGAAUGCUGUGUUGAUAUUCGAGUGUAAAGCUGUAGUUAGUUUGCCGAAAUGGGCGAUUACAAUAUUCUUCAACUCCUUGGAUGCAUUGUACACAUUAAAUUAUCCUGUCUCCAACAUCUGUUUAGUUGCCUUGAAACAUGCGUGAUUUGCCUCAGUGUUGUAAAACUUCUCCAUGGCUUCGAUUGAAAACCAAGCUUUACCAUUUGGCGUAUUGCGAUUUCUCA